CUCCUGACCCUCUUUAUACAAUCACACAAGUGUUUAUUCAAAAUGAAAUAUUGCACCUCUACAAUAACCAUAUAAAAUGUCACGGUGUUGAAAAAACUAAGACUUUUAGUUCGCAGAUAAAUGACAUUUUAUAUUUCAAUAUCCAGCAGCUCACGGAAAUGACGUCACGAAAAAUGGUGUUGAAUGUUGUGUGAGACUUGUAAAGUCUCUUGCGUUAGAUUUUGAAAUAUUUCCACAAUUACAGCGCAUAAUAUGUAAAAUAAUGUCGUCCUUUCUCACUGCUCUGCAGGACCAAGAGAAUAAAGUAGACCAUGGCUGGUCCCAAGCCAAUUUUUUUUCUCAAGAAUCUCAGAAUACAGCAACAAGUGGAACAGGGAACCAGAUGUUCACCAGCAAUACUCCAGAUUCUCAGCCAAUUGCAAGUCUGGAUGGCUGGUCAGAUAAUAGUGUUGUAGUGGAGGAAGUAGCUCAGGACCAGUUUGUUCCUGGGCAAUAUUCAACAGGUGAAUAUAUAGAUGGAUGUAAUUCCCAAGACAUCUUUCAGUCAUAUACAGAUGGAAGUGAUGCUAGUCAAGUUUCAGUCGUUGAUUACAACAAUCUACUAGACAAUGGUAAUGUCCAGAAUGUUGCAAACAGCAAUAAUAUCCAAAACAUCACCAGUGCAGAAAGCAAUAACACUCAAAACAUCAUGGACAUGGGGACUGUUUCUUUUUUAACAAGUGAUGGAAUGGUUGUAAAUCCAGGCACUGAUUUGACCUCAGAUUUGACCUCUGACGGUCCAGUUAAAACUUUCAAUGUGACCGUGUCAGCUGAUGGUACCUUGGUACAUCUACCAACAGAUGACAACAAUGUUCCAGCUUUAGAUGAAUAUGUUUAUCUCGAUGCAAAUAAUGAACAGCCUGUCAAUUCUGUUUCCAGUCCUGUUGCCUUGGCAACAGCUGCAGGAAGUAAUGCCACAACAAUACUUGCACCUAAUACUACUACUGCCUUGACGACAAAUCAUGUGACUGGGGGAUCUGUUAUUACACAGAAUGCUAUGUCACAAAGUCCAAUCAAAACAUCAGAUGUUAUAUUGAUACCUAAAAUGCAAGGAGGCACAACAAGUGUUGCUACACUAACGACUGAAACUAUACAAGCUAUUCUUCAACAAAAGACUCCACUUUUUUCUGGGGCUCAGAGAUUCAAAUAUGUUACUACUUCUCAAGGAAAUAACGCCCAAGCUGUUAAUCAGAUUCAGCUUAUGGCGCCGAGCAAUCAGUCAAUUCCACUAAAUAGUGCAAAAAAUCAAAUUAAUAAUGUUCAGCACUCAGGUGCUCCUAGAUUGACUUCUUUACUGACAGGAAGUGCUACUGUUCAGUCACCCAAGAUACAGACAAAUAUGCUUCAGAAGACAGCAGCUGGUUCAGUUUUAAAAGUAGUAGCACCCCAAAAAACAGUGCUGGUCUCAAGGGGCCAAACUCCUGGAAGUGUUACGAUGGUUCCUAGGAUGCAGACCCCCCCAACAGCAAGGGUUGUGCCUAACCAACAAACGUCACCUGCGUUGAUACCUUAUAUUGUACAAUCUCGUUCAGGGCAGACAACUGUGUGCAAUAGUACCACCAGUAGUCAAGCUCUCAGAGUUAUUCAACCUUCACAGCAUAUUAUAGGCAACAAGAUUUUCAUUGCCCCAAGUAAUAGUGUAGGAAAUGUUACAAACACUGUACAAUCCAAGCCAGGUCAGAGUCCAUAUGUGACGACAUUAUCUACAAAUAAUGGUGAGAUAAUCAAUCAAAAUGUGAUGAAUAUAGGUGGCAAUUCUAAGGUAUUGUCUGCAUCUACUGCCCAAGAUAUUCUAGCAGCUAUUAGCUCAGCUCAAGGAAAGUUAACUCAGACAUCUGUAUCGUCUAGUCCACAAAAUGUUACUUAUACAAUAAUUACCUCCCCUUCUACAAAGAAUAAUCAAGGGAAUGUGACGAACCAGAGGGGGCGUGGCAGUGCAACAUAUGUUAAUAGUAGAGGGCGUGGGAGGGGUCAAACUAAAGCAGCUAGUAGUAGAAAUCUUGCACAACAAUAUGUUAUAGUCCAAAAAGACAGUCAAGGUAGGAAUGUGUCCUAUGUUGUUCCAAAUAGCUGUGCGUCAUCAACGCCAAAAGUGCAAAUGCAGCAGAAUGCCUCAAAUCAGUCAUCAGAUAUUAUAGACCUAAUUACAUCUCCGACUAAGUUAGACACUACAGUGCAAAGUGAAUCGACUUUAUCAGAGGGGCAGGUGAAUGGGAGUUCACCAUGUGUUACCCCAAUUAUAAAUAAGAAGUUUGUUCGCUGUAAGGAUGGGGGAGAUUUGAUUAAAGGGACAACGUACAUGGUGUCUGGGCCAAAUGGACUACAGAAGAGAAUGGUAUUUAAUGGAGAGAAUUUUGUGGAACCAUCAGGUGAGCUGUCGUCCCCAGAACAAGCACCAGAUGGUUCUAUGAUAGGUGGAGGUCGUAAGGACAAACUAUUGAAGGGCAAUGCAACCGGAUUGAACAUGGUUAGAGAAAAUUAUACGACCGAUUCAGAUUCCAAUUCACAAACAUUACCAAAUGGUGUAGGUAGACAGUGGAAAUUUACCGAUCCUCCAUCGGCAACAAAUUUAGCAAGACCACCUCUACAUCCAAACAAAGGAACAGAUACAGAGUCCUCUCAAGAUAAUUCUAGUCAGUCAAAAGAUUCAAUUGAUGAAAAAAAAGAAGAUGACAAAUUUAGCAAGGAAUAUGUGGCUAUCUGUAAAUUUUGUGGUGUUUUAAGUAGUAAUUUGACUAAAUGUAUACGAUGUUCUCGGAUGUUCCCUAAAGACAUCAAAUUGCUACCAGUGACUGACACCUCUAAGCAGUCAGUUGUAGAUAAAAAACAAUUUUAUUCCAAAAAAAUUAGUGAACAAGCUUCUGUGUAUGGUGGAUAUACGAUAAAGCAUGGAAAUUAUGCAGUAAAACAAACACAGGACCCAAUUAAAGCUGGACGCACAGUGAGGAAUUCUGGGAAACAGUAUAAACUGGUUCAUUCAAGGAGGAUUAAUCCAAUUCCAGACCCAGUUACUAUUACGUUAUCUUCUGAUGAAGAUGAACCAGAAACCAGUACUAAACCAGAACAAAUCACCCAGAAUUCCAAGCAGGAAGUUAAAAACAAUGAGCCUGAUGAACUAAGUGAUUUAGUAAAUGUUAUUCCAUUAAAACGUCCAGCAUCUCCGACAUUUGGGAAAGCCAAUCGAAUUGCUAGGAUGGAAAAUGAGGAUGGUCAGCCUGUACGGAAAGUGAAAAGACAAAACUCAGGGGAUGGGAUGACACCAAUACGGACAGUAUCUACUAAGACUGCUGUGAUUGAUACGAAGUCUGGUACGACAGAGACGACAGAGGAUGACGACAUGCCAGGAGAAGUGACAGGAACACUUGACCCUCUUGCACUGGAUUGUCGUAGCAUUCGUGUCGGUAGUUUGAAGGGAACUGCAGUGGAACCUGUCUUUAUUACUACUAGUGAUAUAUCAUUCAACAUGGAAGGAGAAGAUGAUUUCCACAAUAUAAAAAUAAGUUCCGAUGAUGUUGUCCAGUGCCUUUAUGGAAAGAAAUGUAAUGUGAUAUUUUUAUUAACAAACCUUGAAGCUGGUAAACAAGUAAGAGAAAGUUUAAGUAUGAAGGAAAAAGUGGAUGGCAAGGCAUAUUUUGAUCCUGGUGGUUCAGUGAAUAAAGAUACAUAUAUAACAUUUUUUAUGAACGAUCAAUGUAAGCUAGAAUUUAAACAACUGCGAUGUGUUCUCCAGUCCUACAAGAAUUCUCAUAAACGUGAGUUCUUGGUACAGCUCGAGGAAGACGACCAGCAUAAAUUGUUACUAAAAACUGCACCUAUCAUCAGUUCCAAAACUAUGGAAAUGGCCAAACAAAAGACAUUAGAAGAAUCCAAUUCUACUGAGGACAGUACAGACUCAAGGGCAGUAACUCCGUCAAAUUCAAGGGCAGUGACUCCAGCUGAAGAUGGUGAAGAGAGAUCUCCGUCACCACCGAGAAUACUGUUUAGUGGCACGGUUGAAAAGUUAAUUACAUAUCCACCUCCUCCUGCAACAGGGGGAAUAACUGUGACAAAUGAAGACCUUUUCUGUCUCACUGAUGGAGAGUUCCUAAAUGAUGUUAUCAUUGAUUUCUACCUCAAAUAUCUUGUCCAUGAAAAACUGAGUGAAUCAGAUCGUAAGAGGACCCAUGUCUUCAGUUCCUUCUUCUUCAAACGAUUGACACAGCGAAUUAACAGAAGUAUUGAUCCACAUGGGGAUAUAGAAAUGAGUGUAUCAGAAAGAAGACACGCUCGAGUGAAGAAAUGGACGAAACAUGUAGAUUUGUUUGAGAAAGACUUUAUAAUAGUUCCAAUAAAUGAAAGGUCACAUUGGUUUUUAGCAAUAAUUUGUUUUCCUGGAUAUUCAGAAGUAAAAACUGUAAGAUAUUUAUGUCGAGAAACUUCAGCGGAGGAAACCCCUGAACCAAAGGGAGAAAACUCUCAGACAGACACUGAUGAAUCUCAACAGCCUUCUGUAGGUGAAAAUAACAACAAGGAAAAUGAAAACACUGAGGAGGAGAGUAGUGAGAAAUCUAAUGAUGUCAAAUGUAAACAAGAAUCUCCCAUGGAAGAGGAUGAAGAACAGGAUACUGAAGAGCCAAUGGACACAAACGAAACUGAAACAAAUGAAACUGAAACAAACACUGAUACAGCUGAGACUGGUUCCAACAGUGGUGUUGAUUCACAGGAACCUAGGGGCAGAUUAUUGACGGAAGAGGAGUUAAAAGACCCAGAAAUGAUAAAGAAUUCUAAAGAAGGAAUACAGCAACCAUGUAUAAUGGUAAUGGAUUCAUUAGCUGGUCAGUCAAGACAGAGAAUUAUAAAUAGUUUAAAAGACUAUUUGCAAGUAGAAUGGAAUUGCAAGAAAAGUCAGACGGGAAGUAUCAGGGAAAGAUUUAAAGGAGCUUCCCCUAAAGUGCCUCAGCAAACAAAUUACAGUGACUGUGGAGUGUAUGUCUUACAAUAUGUGGAUAGCUUCUUUGAGGAUCCGAUAUUUAAUUUUUCAUUCCCAAUGAAAAGCUUAGCAAACUGGUUCACUGAGGAACGAGUGACAAGAAAACGAGAAGAUAUCAAAGAACUGGUGAUGACAUUGAAAGAAAGAUAUGACAAUGAAAAACAAAAAUCAUGACAAAGGGCAGAUAACCCACUGUUAUGUGACACUCACCAAAAGCAUUGAAUUAUGUGUUCACAAGAGUCAUGAAAUUGAAAGUUGUUGAAUUCAGGAAUAUAGAAUAGAUGGUGAGAAAGAGGAUGAAAUAUGAAAUAGACUAUAGAAUGUCAAGUUAAGAAAUUGAAAUGCCCUACAGAUCAUGAGAAAAAAAAAUUGCCUUGUCAAAGAAUUUGAAGCAAUGUAUAUUGAAUUUUACUUUUUAAACAGAAGAUUUGAGUUUGAGAAAAGAAGUUUGAGGUACAAUGAAUGAGUCUAGAUAUGUGAUACAUGAUCAUAGAAAUGAUUAGGGAUUACUGUUCAAUGAUAAAUGCCAUCCACAAACUGCUUAGUUGGACAAAUAAAAUGUCAAAAUGUUGAAAGACAUACUAUACUACACAUUUGAUUUGGGAAAAAAGGGAGAUAACAAAUGAACAGUUUGACCUGGGAAAUAAAAGUAAUCAUCUUUGAUAACCUGUCAUCUAUUACUUUACAAUUACUGAUUCUAAUUACCGAAUAGAUGGGUACAAUGAUAAACAAAUUAUAUCUACAUAACAUAUACCAAGAAAUAAUAGGAAAAAGAAAAAAAUUUACAUCACACUGGAUAAUUUAAAAAAAAACACUUUAUUUUUAGUUUCAACUUUUAUUGAAUUUUAUGUUAAAAUAUAGAUAUACCAGCAAUGCUAAACAUUUUAGUAAAAUGAGAUCAGAAAUUUUAAUUGACAUCAGAAUGAAUUGUAAAUCUGUAAAAUAUUGAAAAAUUUAAAAAGUGGGGAUAGGAAAUUCAGGUUAACUUAAACGGUAGAACAAGAAAGGUCAAGUUACAAAUUAUAUUGUUCAUCUCAUGUGUGAGUGCUAUUCUACAUUUUGUAUUUGUAAAUCUCAUCUGUGAAUGCUAUUCAAUGCAUACUUGUUAUUACAUGUGUUAAAGUAAAUCAUUUUUUGCCAGUUGGAAAUAAGAUUCAUGGAAGUGAUCAAAUUUAGAAACUUACAUCAAAUUGUAUAAUUCUGAAAAUGAAUUUUUAGUUUUUAGUUUUUACCUUCUUAUCUUGAUAUGGUAAAUGAAGAGUAUAUGAAAAUAAAGUGAGAUAACUAAGAUAAUGUAUCUAUAUAAAAAAAAUUAAAAAAUGAAUGGAAAAUGAGAGCAAAACAGCAACACAACAACAGAAUUGACCAUGAUAGACAUCUAGAGGUCACCAUAUGUCCUUCAAACAUAAAAAAGGGCCUCAACCAUAUGAUAAUUUCGAAAUAGUCAAGUGACUAGAUAUUUGUGUAAAAUAACACAUAAAACAUAGACAAGGGUCUUGACUUCAGGCAGCCGCAUAAAUCACAUCAAGGUUAUAAAAUCUCAAUUCUUAUAAAUAAAUAUUUUAACAGAUUAUCAAGCAAACAGACACUGAUUUUAUUGUUCAUUUUCUACUUUUGUUAUUCUAAAAACUUAUCAAUGAUACCUGUUCAAGUCGGUUGUUUUUAUCUAUUUUGUUAUGUUAAAUCAAGAACCUUUUUGAAAAGUGGUUGUUAAAAUGUACAAGUAUCUCAAUGUUUAAGUCGUUCAAGGAAAAUUUGAUGUUAAUGGUAAAUCAUUUGGUCUCUUGUUUAAAGUUUUCUCAUAUUCAAUCAUACCACAUCUUCUUAUUAUUAGAACUUAUAUAUGUCUAAGUUAUUUGCAUUGUUCGGUUGCUGUCAAGUUGACAUAUAUCUACCCUCCCUUUUUAAUUAAUACUAACAUGACUGAAGACCUAGGCAUUUUAAAAUUAGAUACACAUUUAUUUUACAGUUUUUUAAGACCAGGUUCUGGGUAUUAUUUUUGGUGGCUUGUACACUUAUCUAAAGACUAGUACUUACAUCAUUGUUUUUUUUAUUUCCAGUUUAUGUUGUUCUGGAUGUUUUGUUAUUUAUAGACACAGUAUAGUGCUAUGUAUGAUAUUAAAUGUUAUUAUUAAUUUUCCUCCACAACUAGGGAUUUUUAUAUUGAAAACAGGCUCUAAAUGUUUUUAACAUACACAAAUUGCUCAGGGGUUCCAGAUACCUCUAUUUCACUUUAGUUACAUGAUUUAGACUUUGAGUCACUCUUCUCAGCCAUUUCAGCAUUUAUUAUUAAAUAUGACAAAGAAUCAACUUAUCACUUUAGGAAUAGACUACAGUAUUGUAUGUUUUAAGGUUGUAAGUUUAAAAUUAAAACGUUUAAUGUGAUUAUAACACACACAAAAUGUUCAGAAUGUCAUCUUCAGAAUGUUAUGCCAGGGAGUACAGCUGUCAUGCACCCAUUUAGGUAAAAUAAAUAUUCAUCUUAAACUUCCCCCCCCCAAAAAUUCACUUUGCUCCGCUUGCCCAAACUUGUGGUCAAAAUCACCAAAAUACAAUUCCUGGAUCUGCCCCUGUAUAAUGCUGUUUUCCAUUUGUACAAGGCAAUCAUUGAUUAAUGUGUAUUUUAUUUCAUUUCAUUCACAUUUUGUAAAUAAUAUUUUACUGAGAGAAUGUUUCAUUAUACCACAGGACAGGACACGAAUAUUUAUUACAUUGGCACUUCAUCUUUGUUACACAAGGAAUUUUGUGGGAGUUUGAUUGUAUAUUAAACAUGUUGUUAAUAUGUAAUAUAAUUGUUAUUAAAAUAUGAUGAUGUCACAAACAAAUACAAAUGUAUUGUGAAUUUGUCAAAAUAAAUUAAAAUGUUUUUUUUCAGUUU